AUGAUAGAAACUGCUCUACACACUAUUGCAGAACUAAUAUCAAGAAGUUUACAAUCAUGCACCAAGGUCCAAAGGGAGAAAUUCUGUGUAAGUCAGUCAUCGGAGUCAAGGGGUUUGUCUAUUGUUUUCUUUGCCACAGAAGAAACACGAAUUACAGUUAAACCAGACGACAAGAUUCUUCUAGAGCGCGUUGAUAUUGACCUUCGUUGCCGGGCUGAGGCCGAUUCAAGACUGGAACUGAAGUAUUACUGGAGGAGAGAUAAUGCAGUUGUUCAGUACAACUCAAAGAUAGAGUGGUUGGAAGAAGAAAACGUUUUAAAAAUCUCCGAUAUAAGUGUUAACGACGCUGGCAUUUACACCUGUGUCGCUUACACGCCUGAGCCUAGGAAGUCGGAAGACCAGGCGUCAGCUAAAGUUUAUGUUCAAGUAGUUCCGUUCCCUCCCACGAACCUCAAGAUAAAUGAGAAAACGUGCAUCAAUCGGACAACAGUACUUGAAUGGACUACGGUAUCCUCCGAUGAUGCUCCCAUUUUGCACUUCCUGAUUGAACAGGAAUCGAACCAUGAACCGGAUGUGUUUUAUCUCCUCUACAAUGAGACAAACCCAAAUGCAACAUCCGUGAUUCUUAACCUUACCGGCUGGUCGACUCUGCGUUUCCGCAUGAGAGCUGUAAACAGUUUUGGCCCAAGUCGUCCUAGUUUCUCCACAGAGCCUGGAAUUUGUAGAACAUCUCAGUCAGCUCCAGAGAAAUUCCCAGAGAACUUGCGUGGAGUACCAAAGGGGGCUAGUGAACUUGAUAUUGCUUGGACGAAAAUGCCACAGGUCUACUGGAACGGACCCGGAUUUUACUAUUUCUUGGAGUACAAAAAAGUCGUAGAAACGGCGAAAGAAGAUGCUCCUGAUAGAUGGGAAGACACCAGAAUCCCCGCUGAAGCGUCCUCCUUUAAAAUCGACAAUCCUGGGUACUAUGAGCUUUGGGAGUUUAGGAUUCGCGCCGGGAACAAUUUGGGCCCAGGACUCUUCAGUGCCAUCGAACGAUCCCGUUCUGGCCAAAAUCUUCCUCAAGGCCAACCGAAAGAUGUGAAGGUGGGGAAAAUACAAGCGCGCAGUGUGGAGCUUUCAUGGCAGCCUGUUGAUGCCCCAGCCAGAGGAAGUGUUGAUGGAUAUAGGCGAAUAGCUCUAAAUAUUUUUCCUGGACCCCCGUCAGACGUGAAAGUGUACCCAUUUGCGUUGUACAUCCUGGUCACGUGGAAACCACCUGUAAAACCCAAUGGAAUCAUUACAAAUUACCGAACGGGAUCUGCUAAAUACGAGGGUUCAGAUCCUAAAGACACGCCAGUGAAGAUGACCGAGCUAGAAGCUUCGAAGAGGAGGUACCUUAUUGGCAAGGAAGUAAAGCAAGAAGAGCUGACAAACUAUGUUGUAGAAAUACAAGCCAAGACCGAACCGGGCAACGGUGCAAGUGUGAGAAUACUCACUAAAACAGUCAAAGUUUCUGCACCUGCCAAGCCCAAAGCUCCCAAAGUUAAACAAACAGCAAUUGACAAAGUCAGGGUUAUUUACAACUUUGGUAUUGGUGGAGGAUACACUCAUGAAUUCCUUGUUCAGUUCCGACGGAAAUUGGAAAAUGAAGAGUUUGUAAACUCAUCUUGGGUCAACUACUUGAAUGAUGAAUUUGAUCUGGAGAUUGGUGGUCUGGAGUCUGCCUUGUACGAAUUUAAGACCAUCGGAAGAAACGAUCAGGGAGAAAGUCCGCCGAGUGAAAUCACUGAAGCCAGACCCAUUUUGGAAAAAACACGAAUUACAGUUAAACCAGAGGACAAGGUUGUUCCAGAGCGCGUCAACAUCGACCUUCGUUGCCGAGCAGAGGCCGAUUCAAGACUGGAACUAAAGUAUUACUGGAAAAGAGAUGAGGCAGUUGUUGAGUACAACUCAAAGAUAGAGUGGUUAGAAGGAGAAAACGUUUUAAAAAUCUCUGAUAUAAGUGUUGACGACGCUGGCAUUUACACCUGUGUCGCGUACACGCCUGAACCUAGGAAGUCGGAAGACAAGGCGUCAGCUGAAGUUAAUAUUAAAGGAGUUCCGUUCCCUCCAACGAACCUCAAGAUAAAUGAGAAAACGUGCAUCAAUCGGACAACAGUACUUGAAUGGACUACCGUACCCUCCGAUGAUGCUCCCAUUUUGCACUUCUUGAUUGAACAGGAAUCGAACCAUGAACCGGAUGUGUUUUAUCUCAUCUACAAUGAGACAAACCCAAAUGCAACAUCCCUCACGCUUAACCUUACGGGCUGGUCGACUCUGCGUUUCCGUAUGAGAGCUAACAUCUCAGUNCAUAACUCAUCGUGGGUCAACUACUUGGGUGAUGUACUGGAUAAGGAGAUUGAUGGUCUGGAGUCUGCCUUGUACGAAUUUAGGACCAUCGGAAGAAACGAUCAGGGAGAAAGUCCGCCGAGUGAAGUCACUGAAGCCAGACCCAUCCCGGGAAUUGUGACUGGCCAAAGAACAACUACUCCGAUAUACCAGAGUGCUUGGUUUAUUGCGUUGUUGGUUCUUAUUGCUGUCCUGCUCCUUGUUCUGCUCAUAUUUGUGAUUUACACCCGACAUCGUGGAUCAAAAUACCCAGUUGGUAAACGCGAGAAGAAAAGAGCUGCUCAACUCAUAGAGCGGGAAUCAUUCGAUGAAGAAGAAGGCCCACCUUUCAACCACCAAAGGGAGGAAAACCCCCCACCUUAUCAAAGUCGGGGCUCAUUGGAUAAACGGGAUAGUGACCGUGACAGCCUGGACGACUACGGCGAGGGACCACAGUUCAACGAAGAUGGGUCAUUUAUAGAGGAAUAUGGCGAUGAAAAGAAACAACCCCCGGACGAGAAAGAUCAGUCCGCAUUUGCGACCUUCGUUUGAGGACAUCGCCACCGAGUACCAGUGUUGUUUUGGUGAUCAAAAAAAAAAAUAUAAGCUGUGUACAGUUUGUCAAUUUUGAUCACGCGAUAGCCAGUGCUAGCGCAGUACACUAACAAACCGCUUAGUUAAAAGGUCCAAUUGCAGCUCGUUCUUAAUCGUAAAUAAUUGAUCUGGUACUUGAGGUUCACCUCUUCCUCAGUUAACUUAAACGCGCUAUCCCAUUCGUCGGCGAUUCGUGGCCUUUGUUUCGCACAAGAUACUUCAUUUUGUCUUGGGCGAUGUUAGACGUUACCCUUUAAACCCAAAAGUGACUAUCAUCUUAUUUCUCCUACAAUAAUAUCGCUGAAUCGUUCAUUAACGUCCUGAGUAUCAAGGAAAUAAUCGCCAAUCUGAGAUUCUUUGAUUUUUACACAUAAUCUCCUUGUCAGUGUCCCUGGAAAUGUAUGGAAAAUGUAGAUACUGAUGUCAGGGCGCAAAGGGUUAAACGUCUCUGGCACGAAACCAGUCAAAGCCACUUUAAAAAUUUUUGGCAGCGACUGACUUUAAACUUAUUAAUUUUUUUUUUUAUGUUGUACAUUGAUUUGAGUCUCUGAAACAAAUUGUUGAAAAAUCAGUGCAGUUGUAAAAACUUCAAGUUAACUCCAGCAAGCUCUCUCAGUUAAAAACUGUUUGGCAAUAAAAACACAGAGGAGAAUUGUUUCUUCUAAGAGUAGUCGAGCUAUGUUAAGGUUUUGUUUAAUUUGUUUUCACACGUUUUAAAACGAGCAACAGAGAAAGGUCAUCAUAUUUAUUCUAAAUAUAGAAAGUGGUGGAAGUGUAAAUUUUAGCUGGAAUUUGUAGUUAGUUGCUUUAUAUAAUGUUCUUUGCAUUAUAAAAUUGUAAAGAAGUUGGGUUGAUCUUGGGCUGUAAGUUUUUCUCACGACCUAAGGUGAAGUUGAAGUUUCACUUGUUUCAGUGAUGCAUUUAAGAGGUUUCGUUUCCAUUUUCUUUUCUUAGGGUGACUGUAUUAAUUUUUUUUAUUUUUUCGUUUAUUAUUCGCGAUAAAAGUAGUCUUUUUUCCUACGUUGUAAGAUAAGAAAAGAACCUAAGUUUCGGUAUUUUCAAAUUGAACAAUUUUAAUUUCCUUUCGUUGUGUCACGGUUAUACUCGACUUGUCGUUUUGGUUGGUCCUUUUACGACAACCGUAUCAAGAUAUGGAUUUAUUUGCGUUUCCAGCAGAGUAAAUAGAUAACAUUUUACCGCCAUCAACAGCCUACGUUUGACCAGUGUAAUAAAGUAAUUUAUCUUCCGCCUUAAAAUAAAUAACGUUGUCACUAAUUCCAGAUCCUCAACCUUAAGUUAUGGUUCUUCUGUUAAUUUUUAAGUUGUUUUACGAUGUCUUCAAGCAGAGUUCACCGGAAAUUAACAGCAUUAUGGGAAAGUUCCCGAUGAAGUCAACCCCUGUACCUCUUUCCUAAAGUUUACGGUGUCCCGGCGAAGGAUAAAUGAGGUCCCACCCUUCCGUCAUCGGAAAGAUGCGACUACUUUAAGGCGCCUCCACUUUGAUUAUUUAAUAAGGGAUGUAAAUGAUCUUAUAAAGGAGUAUAGUUGUUAUUUUGUAGAAAUAAAGUUUUUUGAGCCUGCAA